GAUAUCUUAAAUUUACAGUUUACUUUUACUGUAAUCAGUAAAUAUAAAUUUUUUCGACUAGAUACGACUACAUACAACAGUUUACCUGUGGUUUUAAUGUUUUUGUUCCAAACUUCUGUAAAUAACCACGAUGAAUCAUGAAGAGGAGUCUAUUUUGAACGAUAAUCAACUUCAAUAUUUAAUAAAGAAAUAUGUUAAGGAGCUACAUGAAAAGAAAAAUAAAGGGUUUGAUGAAAAUACCGAAGAGUCCUCCAUAGAUGUUAAAAUAAAUAAUUUUUCAAUACGCCCAAAAGAAAAUAAAAUAGUAAGAGAACAAUUUUACCUAACAAUUAACUACCAAAUAGACGCAAAAGAACAUGAGGCGAAUUUUUUUGUAAAGAUUAUUAGCAAGUUGAAUUCACUAAUGUACCAAAUAGCCGAAGAGACUUCUACAUUCGAAAAAGAAAAGUUUUUCUACGAUUUAUAUGUUCCAUAUCUAAAAGAAGAAGGUUUUGAUUGCAACUACACUUGCAAAAGUUAUUUUUGUGAGUCAGAUGUUGUUGUAUUAGAAGAUCUUGGAAUAUCUGGUUAUAAAAUAUUUGAAAAAGAACCGUGUUUUGACUUGGAUCAUUGUAGAGCCUGUCUAAAAACCAUUGCACGAUUCCAUGGCGACUGCAUUCUGUUUGAACUAAAUAAGUCAAAAGAUCUUGAUUGGGAAUAUAAGCUAAUUGAGGCAUUUCCAGAAAUAUUUCAAGAUUCGGUAGUCAUUGAUCUGAACAGAUUGAUAAUAAAGCACUGUCAAAAUUUAGUAAGGGGGUUAAAAAAACUCACGAGUUUUAUUCCUGAAAACAAAAUAUCCGAAAAGGAAUUCAAGGGUGCUUUUGAUAAAGCUCUUUCCAAAUUACCUUCAGAACUUAAUGCUAAUCUUAAAAACUACAGAAAUGUCUUGUCUCACAAUUGCUUAUGGCCUAAUAAGUUUCUUUUUAAGUAUGACGAAGAUGAUAACAUUAUUUCUUGCAAAAUUGUAGAUUUUCAAACCAUAGGUCUGCAGCCUCCAGUGUAUGAUGUGCUCAUCUUCUUAUAUAUAAAUACAAGAAAAAGUUUUAGGGACGAAUAUCUUCAAGAUCUGUUGGGCUAUUAUUAUAAGUGCUUCUCAGAUUAUAUUAAAAAAGGAGGUUACACUGCAAGUGAGAUUAUCAGUGAGGAGGAGUUUUAUGAGACGUAUAAGAAGCUGAGGUUUCUUUGCAAACUACAUGCCAUGAUGGAUAGGAGCUGUAUGCUAAUACCGGAUGUGAUAUAUAGCAAAUAUUUAAAAAAUGACGAAGAUUUUACAUACUUCUUUUUUGAAGGACGCCCAGAUAGUAUGGUUAAGAUAUUCCAGGGUAACAGCUAUUAUAGAGAAAUUCUAACAGAAGAUUUAAUUGAGAUGCGGUCGAUAAUAUUUGACGACGAAAGAUAGUUUUACUUAUUAUAAGAAGGCAGUGACGUCAUUAGAUAAUAAAACUUUUAAAAAGGUUUUGAAAGGGUCUUCUUGUGGCAUGACUAAAUUAAAUAUUAGAUAUUUUAAUAUACUCUUGGCUAAUUACCAAAAUACAAGGAAAAAUUAUUUACCAGCAAUUUUAUUGCUGGAAUCGUACCUUAUGAUUGUAUAUGUUAACAAUAUAGGUAUGCAAAGUCCGCAGACAGCGUGUUACUUUCUUUAUAAACAAAAUGGCGCCCGAAAUUCGUAUUUUUUUCAAUUUUUGCUCUAUAACUCCAAAGAUUUUAACUUUACACCAAAAACACCCAAAUAAAAAUUCACCGUAAUUAAAUUCUGCAUAGAGACGUGUCUUUCCAGAUUUACUUUGACUAAAAUUUUUCCCGGAAAAUGCGGGUUUUUCCAACAAAAUCUUUAAUUUUCAACUAAAAUUUUAGAUAAGUAAUUGUUUAUCAAUAAUUAAAUAACUUGGUAGUAUAAAAGCUCUUUUUUAUAGAUUAUAAUUCCAGAAUUAUUUAAUUCUUUAAUUCUUUCAUCUUGUUGUGUGUUGUUAUGUUUGGUUUUGGAGAGGAUAUAUUUCAGUGUAUUGGUAGUUUUGAUAUUGCACUUAUUUCCUAAUCUUUUUUUUUACAUUUUAUUGGGUGUUUUGGGUGCUAUUAUUAUUUAGUGAUCUGAUAAUUCCUUCUUUGAGAUCUGCUAAAGAAAGUUGCUGAGAAAAAUUUUGGAAAGAAGACAGAUGGUAAAGAAUAUUUGGAGUAGACGAACAAAAUAAAGAAAGAAUGCGGAUGUGUGAAAAACCAAUAAGUAUGGCAAAAAUACGAGUUUAAAGAGGUAGAUGGGGGGGUAGUAGGGGGAUGGGGGAGAAGAUUAGGGGUCAGUGUUGCUCUUUAUUAUCUUUGUUAUUGAAUACUUUGAAUAGUGAAUUUUGUAAUACUUUUCACUGCUUUAUGUGAAAUAUUUUUGUUUAUCUAAUCUAUAACAUUGCUUCUCACAAAACAUUUUUUCUCUUUAUAUCUUCCGUAAUUUAUUCAUGAUGACUCCAUCAGUAAUUAUUUUUUUUUCCUCUCACCCUAUUUGUUGAUUUGCCUGAUUUGUCCCUGGAAGACUUCCAUGAGAACGUAUUCUCAAAAUACAACAAAUUAUAGACAAAUCUAGAAAAUUUAAUUUAGAAAUUUAUUUCUUAAAAUACUCUAAAGCAUUAAACAAUAAAAAGUGGCAUAAAAUAUGACGCAGACUACAAGAAAUGGGCACUAACGAACAACUAUGUCAACAAUACACAUCAAAUGCCAUAUGUACAUCAAAUGCCAUAUAUUUAUAAUAGUCCAUUGAAAUGUUACAUUUAGGGUUACAUUUCUUAAAAAAGUCAAUUUUAUUUUCUUAAUGUGUAGGGGGGGUUAGUAGAAGCUUAAGUUCAAGUUUUUGGGGUCGUCACCCUUGUCCCACGGCCGCCAUCUUGGAAAAAAUGGGGCAAAGGGCUUUCCCACGGUAUCUCGUAAACUACCAAGCCUACAGAAAAUUUAAUUACACAUAAAAUGUAGAAAAUAAAAUUUUAUACAAUUUAUACAACGCCUCUAAAAAAUGCAAGCUAUGGCCUAAAAACUGUAACAUUUCAAUGGAGUAUAAUAACAGUCACAUAUUCCCAUAACUUUAAAUACAUUUGACAGCAAUUAUUGAAACUGUCAAAAAUAUGGCUGCCUGAUUUGUCACUAUGACGUCACCGCCUAUUUAAUAUAGAUAAGCUCAGCCAGUGUUUUUAAAAAGUAUUUUACCUUUUGUUUGUAAUAUUUAUAUUAAAUUAUAUAUUUCAUAUACUUUUGUAA